CCACCACCACCAACUUUGCACGACCCAGUUUCCUGGAAGCAGCACUCCCCCUCAGGCGCCGCUUGCUUUCCAUCCUCUCUCUCUCUCUUUCUCUCUUUCUCCCUCGCAUAUAUAUAAGCACUAGCCUCACUCCUUCGCCUCUCACUCUUCCAAGAACCACAGAAACCCAAGAAGAAGAAGAAGAAGAAGCUUUUCUUUGGAAUGGAUGCGACGUAUAGGCUGUCGUCUCCUGCAUGUUCCUCCUCCUCCGACUCCUCCUCCUCCGAUUCGUCCUCACGCAGGAACCCGGCCUCCUCCGCCCGCAGGACGGACCGUGUCAAGGGCCCGUGGAGCGCCGAGGAGGACCGCGUCCUGACCGGGCUCGUGGAGCGGUACGGGCCCAGGAACUGGUCCCUCAUCAGCCGCCACAUCGAGGGCCGGUCCGGGAAGUCGUGCCGGCUCCGGUGGUGCAACCAGCUCAGCCCCGCCGUCAAGCACCGGCCCUUCUCCGCCGCCGAGGACGACGCCAUCCUCGCCGCGCACGCCGUGUACGGCAACAGGUGGGCCACCAUCGCCCGGAUGCUCCCCGGCCGGACCGACAACGCCGUCAAGAACCACUGGAAUUCCACCCUCAAGAGAAGGGCCUCCGCCGCGCAGCACAGAGGCGAUGGCGCGAAUCACGGGAACGAUUGUUACAACGAGCAAAUGUCAGUAAGUGGCUGCCGUAUGGACACCGAGGAGGAGGAGGACGGGCCAUUGACUGCAUUGACUCUUGCUCCGCCUGGGGCGGCGGCGGAGAGGCGGCGGGAGGAUAAAGGGUUGCCGGAGGAGGGGUUUUGGGAGGUGAUGAGAGGGGUGAUUGCGAGGGAGGUUAGAGAUUAUGUGAACUCCACGAUGGCUGAGACGAGUUGGAGAUGAUGAUGAGAGGAGAUCAUGUUUGUAGGUGCUUUUCCUGUGUUUAAGAAAAUUUUGGUUGAUUAAUUAGUUUUUGAUGUUAAUAAUGCGCGGUGCAGUAAUUUAAUGGCAAAUGUUAAAUUUCGAGAAAAAUUAUCAGUCCAAAUCGAAAUGAGUUU